CCCGUCCCGGGACCCGCGUCCUUGCCUCGCAGCGGCCCCGGGAGCAGGAGGUCGGGGGGCCGCGCCACUCCUGCUGCGGCCCGGCAGCUGCCAUGGGCUCCGGUGUUUCCCUUUGUUCGCUGCACCGGCCCGUGGCAGCUCGGGAGUGACCGACCGAGCCCGGCCCCUGCCCUCCGCCGCUCAUCCCGAGGCGGCCGGUGCAGUCGCCCCCGGGCAGCGUCUUCCCUCCCGCUGUGUGUGAGCUCCGUGGCCCGGAGUGACCCGAGUGUUCGCACCGUUCCUGAGCACCGACGGGCCCCCGCGGUUGCGGUGGGAGUGAUCGGGGCGGGACGGGGCUGGGCGCUGGCGGCUUGUGUCCCGCUGCUCGGGGAUGCGCUGGGCUUCCCCGCAGCUCGGCUGCCCUCGGGGGACACGGUGCGGGUGAAGGUUUUCAGGAUGAAUCUGGAAAAACUCAGCAAACCAGAACUACUGACACUGUUUAGCAUUCUUGAGGGAGAAUUAGAAGCAAGAGAUCUUGUCAUAGAAGCCUUAAAGGCCCAACACAGAGACACGUUCCUUGAAGAACGCUAUGGGAAGUACAACAUCAGUGAUCCAUUGAUGGCUUUGCAAAGAGACUUUGAGACCCUGAAGGAGGGAAAUCAUGGUGAAAAGCAACCAGUUUGCUCCAAUCCCUUAUCUAUUUUGAAAGUGGUGAUGAAACACUGCAAGAAUAUGCAGGAGAGAAUGUUAUCUCAACUAGCUGCUGCAGAAAGCAGGCACAGAAAGGUGAUCCUGGACCUGGAGGAGGAGCGGCAGCGGCACGCCCAGGACACGGCUGAGGGAGACGAUGUCACCUACAUGCUGGAGAAGGAAAGGGAGCGGCUCACCCAGCAGUUGGAGUUUGAAAAAUCCCAAGUGAAGAAGUUUGAGAAAGAACAGAAGAAGCUGUCAAGCCAGUUGGAGGAGGAAAGGGCACGCCACAAGCAACUGUCUUCCAUGCUUGUAGUGGAGUGCAAGAAAGCCACUGCCAAAGCAGCUGAAGAGGGGCAGAAGACAGCAGAAUUGAGCUUGAAGUUGGAGAAAGAGAAGAGUAAGGUGAGUAAACUGGAAGAGGAGCUGGCAUCCAAGAGGAAGAGGGGCUUACAGAUGGAAGCACAAGUAGAAAAGCAGCUGUCAGAAUUUGACAUUGAAAGAGAACAGCUGAAAGCCAAGCUGAACAGAGAAGAAAACCGUACAAAAGCACUCAAAGAAGAGGUGGAAUGUCUGAAGAAAGCCCUGAAAGAGCUGGAGGCUUCUUGCCAGGAGCAGAGUCCUGCUGAGCUUUCACAGCCAAGCCCCUCCAUGACAUCCAGGGGUGUUGCAACUGACAGUCCCCUAAUGAAGUCUGUGUCUUGCCAGACAGAGUGUCUGCUGCAGGCAGAGAGAGCAGCUCCUUCCAGCACAAGCAAAGCUGCAGCCAGUGUGUUCCCCAGCCCUGCUACACCUACUCAUUCCUAUGCAAAGUCCAAUGGUCACUGUGAGGCAGACACGCCGACGGGCAGCGAGCUCCUGCAGGCAAACGCAGCAGAGAGCCAGGUUCCAAAGGAGAGAUCUGCCAGUGCAGCCUCAGAAAACACGCUUGAGAAUGGAAGUUCUCCUGUAAGAACAGAGUCACCAGUGCAUCUGAUGGCCCAGCUCCCAUCUGGUGGGGUCUCCCUGUCUCCCAGCAGCACAGCUGCCUCCUCUCUCACACCUUCUCCCUGCUCCUCACCGGUUCUGACGAAGCGCCUGGUGGGAGCCUCGGCCAGCAGCCCUGGUUACCAAUCCUCCUACCAGGUGGGGAUCAAUCAGCGUUUCCACGCAGCUCGGCACAAGUUCCAGUCUCAGGCUGAACAGGACCAUCAGUCCAGUGGGCUGCAGAGCCCCCCAUCAAGGGAUUUGUCUCCUACCUUUGCAGACAACUCUGCUGCCAAGCAGUUGGCCCGCAACACGGUCACUCAGGUCCUGUCCAGAUUUACCAGCCAGCAGGGACCCAUCAAACCCGUCUCUCCCAACAGCUCACCUUUUGGCACGGACUAUCGAAACCUGGCAAAUGCUGUGAGCCCCAAAAAUGAAUCUGGUCACUCUCCAAGCCCUGUCAAGGUUUCCAGUCCACUGAGUCCAUUAUCUCCUGGAAUUAAAUCACCAACCAUUCCGAGAGCAGAAAGAGGGAACCCUCCUCCCAUCCCUCCAAAGAAACCCGGCCUCGCUCAGUCACCUGCUGCUGCUGCUCCUCUAAGCAAACCCUCUGCCCAGGCCUCUCUGGGUGCUCCCAUGGACAUGGCCAGCAGCUGCUCUAACAAUGCUGCAGUGUCCAACGGGAAGGACAUGGAGAUCCUCCUGCCAACCAGCAGCUAGUCUCCAGGAGGUGUGAAUGUGACAUUCCAUGGCUGAGCCCCCUGCAGCUAAGACCCUGUUUUUCCACUCCACGUUAUUUAUUUCCAUAGGAGCAGAUUCUGUCUGUAUAAAGCAUUCAGGAUAUUUUGGUUUUCCUCCCUUUGUUUUGUUUUUAAUAGGUAGGAAAAGGUAUUUGUUUAUGAAGAAACCUGACCUACAGCUGUACAGUAGCCUCAAGGUGUCUCAUGGCAACAGAGGUAACAAGAACCAUGAUCCACAUGGUGGGACCUCACUCAAACUCCAAUGGGACUGAAAUGCUACCUUUAAAUUAUGCAGAAAUAACCUUUCUUUCCCCCCCCUCCCAGACUUUUUACUCCAGAUGAACAUUUGAUUAAAAAGUGCCUGAUCUAAGCCUGCAAUAUGAAUGUGACAAAGGGGAGGAGGGGAGCCCAUCUAGCUGCAGGAACCUCGGGGUCCUGAAUGUCAAAACCAACGCUGUGGUUGGGGUUUGGGGUUUGUUUCUUCUUUCCAUUUGCUAAAACAAGCUAGCAAAUGUGUUACAGAUCCUGCAAGGUGACCAGCACACCAGUGCAGCCAGUCCCCCUGUGUCCUGUAGGACACAGCUCCUCACUAUUUGAAGAAGCACACACUCAAGUUUCAUGGGGUAAAACUCAGCCAGAGUGCAAUCCAGAUUACCUUUCUCUUGGUAUUUCUUUGUCCUCUUGUCCUUUUUUGCCUCCCUUUAACACAUUCUGCAGAGGUGCCUGUGUGCUUUAAAUGCCUAAACCCUACUUUCUGGUGUGUCACCUUGCAUUUCCAGGCUCCUCAAGCAUUCUACUGUGGUGUGUAGGACUUCUGAGAGAAGGAUCUUGUUAUUACUUGACAGAGAUCUCAUUAGUACUUGAAAACCACAUCCCUAGUCUGUAUGACACAGGUGUUUUUUGCAACACUAACCUGAGAUCUACAAACAAAAGCAGUAACUUUGUUCCUCAGCUCUGUCCCUUGUGUGUGGCUGCUCUGGAUUUUACCCACUGGUUACCUCUGGCUUUCCUUGGCUGCAGAUAUGGAACUGAAUCAUUGCUGUCAUGGAGCUGGAGCUGUGUGUGUGUGAGUAGUUUCACACAUAACCAAACACACAAUGUAUCAGGAAAAUCUUGCUGUUCUGUCUCAAACAAAGGAAAGGUUGGAAUUCAUUGAGGUUAAAACCAAAAGACUCUGUGAGGAAUUGCUGAAAUUGGAGGCAAAUCAUCUGUGUAAAAAGUGAUUUGGGUCCAAGAAGGGGAGAAGCAACUGCUCUCUGUGCAGAAGCAGCACAAGCAGAAGUGGGUGCCCGUGGCUCAGGUCUGAGUCACUGUGGUGAGAAGUCCCAGAGCAGCAGGUUGGGUGCCAGAGGCUGAGAUCCCAACCCCCCCAGUUCAUCAUCUCGUGUUGUGGGUGUGAACUGGUCUUCAGUUCAGAGGCUGGCUGUGCUGCUGGGUGUCAGUGCAGGUGCAGCAGGGGCACACACAGCACAGCUGCCCACUGCCACAGACACUCCUUUGUCAUUGAUCCAUAUUUAAUGAGACAAAACCCACCCCCCUUCACUGAAGGGGGAGCUGGGAGGAUGCACUGAGCUGAGAGGUUCCUCCUGGCUCCCUUUUGGGAGCCAUCAGAGCUCCUGUGCUGCUGUUGUGGCUGUUGUCUGAAGUGGCUCAGCUGUUCCCUCUCACAGGUAUUGGACUGGAACCAGAGGGUUUUACAGAGCUCUCAGCAGCCUUUUCAGUGGUGGGAUGAUGUGCUGUUGUCCCUGAGCCCAUGGAGUGGGCAGAGGCAGCCCAGAGGGGGAUGGGCUGUGACUCUUUUGGAAGCACACCGAUGGCUUUUUCACUUUGAUACAUCAACAGCAGAUUUGAGGGGUUUUCUCCCCUUGAUGAGUGUAAUUGUAAAAACCUGAUGGGCAAAUGGAUUUUGGCCCAUGUGUCACUUCCCACUCAAAGGUGAGGCUUUUGUAUACACUGCUUUAACAUGUUUCUUUGCUUUGACAUUAAUCUAAGUGGUAUUAUCCCCUUUAUCAAUAGCUCUAGAGAGAGAGACUGAGGAGGUCUGUUAGGGAAAUGCACUGAGAACUGUUUCUUCUGAACUCUAAUAUGGGAAGGGAGGGUAUGCAGAGGAAUGUAUUUUUGCUAGUAGCCUGUCUUCUGAGAGAAACUAAGCACAAAGCUGUCCAACCAGAUCCAACUAAUCCAGUAAACACACUUAGAGUUAGUCUUUAACUGUUGAUGUAGAUUCUGUGUGGAAGCAACUCAAUCUUUCUUCUCUUAACUCCCAUCUCUUACCAGCAGAAGUCAUUGCAGAGUUUGUCACUGGCUAAUGGAGCAUCAUGAAGUACAAAAUGUAUACAACUAGUGCUAAUGCAUUAACACUUGUGAGUUUGUAAAGCCAAAUGUACCAAGCUGAAGUCUUUAAUCAUGGGGGGGGUUUUAUAGCUGAUGGCAUUAAACAUGUUAAACAAUUCAUAUUAUCAAUAAAGGAGUUUAUUUUUCA